AUGGUCAAAGUCACAAAGCCCAACGUAUGCGACUGCCAGCGCCAGCGCGCUGGAGACUUUAUCGAGGCAGACCCUCUCGUCUCCCUGUUUGAGAGCAGCAAAAGAUUUGAGUAUACGAAGCAACUUGAGGCCACCAUCCAGUCAGAUUACGCAUACUUGUUCCCCGACUUUCGCCUGGAUUUCUACCACAAUCAACUCUGUCUCGACCCUGAGCUGUUCAGCUUGUGGGCGAAAGGCUAUUGCGCUUUCAAGUUUAUGGGCUCAAAGGACAUCAGCGAAGGAAAGAGAAUGGCGACAUUGCAGUUCCGAUGGAUGCCACAGAUCAAGAAGAGAUCUGGUACGACGAUGGACAUUCACGGAACUGGCUCUGAGAACGACUGGCUGAAUCUGAUGGCUGAGCUUGAUACUUUCCACUCCCAGUAUCAACCUCCGCCUACAAUAGGAGACAAGACUCUUCGAGCCACCACUAAAGCUGGCGCACCUCUUCGAUCGGGACAUCUUAUCCACAUAUGUCUCCCUAAGGAAGACGUUGAGUGCCUCGAGGUUGUCAUCAGUCUUCAGCGGUGCGGCAGGUAA